AUCUUUUGACAUUACUUGUCAAAAUCAGUAAUCUAAACAGACAGCAAAAUUUCUAGUGUAGAAGCAAACGGAGCUAUUGAUUUCUCGAAUUUAAAUUUAUCGGAAUAACAUGCAGCAUUUGCAGAAUUAUUUCCCAACUCUAGUAGUAGAAACUCUAUUAGGAAGAAACUCACCAAAAAUAUCCAGGCAUGAGAGAAAAACCUCAACAUGGUGGUCCGGAGUUCCAAAGGCUCCUCCAGACAGCAUAUUUGGAAUUGUAGAAGCCUUCAAGAAAGACGAAACUCCUCAUAAGAUCAAUCUUUCCGUAGGGGCGUACAGAGACGACAAUGGAAAACCGUAUGUUCUACCUAGUGUUUUGAAGGCGGAAGAAAUAUUGAAAUCAAAAAAUCUCAAUAAGGAAUACGCGUUAGCAGAAGGAUUAAGUGAAUUCAACUCUCUUAGUUUCGAUUACGCUUUUGGCACGUGCAAUGAGGUAGGCAAGAAGGGUUUGAACGCUACUGUCCAAACCCUCUCAGGAACGGGAGCCCUGAGUUUAUUUGCGUCUUUCGCGAAAAAUUUUUUUCCACAUGCUAAAACCAUGUACUUGCCGAAACCGACCUGGGGAAAUCACGCACCAGUUUUCAAAAACGCAGGCUUGGAAACCAAGGACUAUAAAUAUUACGACUUUAAAACGUUUGGGCUAGACUACGAUGGGAUGCUGGAAGAUCUCUGCAAAGUACCAGAGCAUUCCAUGGUUCUGUUCCACGCCUGCGCUCAUAACCCCACUGGAAUGGACCCCAGCAAGGAGCAGUGGGAAGAACUUUGUGAGCUUGUCAAGCAGAAGAAACUGUUCGCCUUUUUUGACAUGGCCUACCAAGGUUUCGCCACUGAGAACCCGGACAACGAUGCAUUCGCGGUUCGCCAUUUCUCGAAGAACAAUCUGAAAUUUGCUGUGGCGCAAAGUUACUCGAAGAACCUAGGCCUCUACGGGGAGAGAACCGGCACUCUAACGGUUAUUGCCGACUCCCAAGAAGAGCGAGCGAAAAUAAUUUCGCAACUGAAAACUUUGAUCAGAACAACUUAUUCCAAUCCUCCCAUUCACGGAGCCAGAAUAGUCACCGAAAUUUUAUCAAACUCCCAGCUGAAGAAAGAGUGGAUGGCAGAGAUGAAAGGGAUGGUUCAGAGGUUAGUUUCUAUCAGGAAAGCUCUUCGUGAUGCUUUGGUGAAGGAAGGUUCCAAGCACAACUGGGAUCACAUUGUCAAGCAGGUCGGAAUGUUCAGCUAUACAGGAAUGAAGCCGGAACAGGUCGAUAAGAUAACCAAGGAGCACCACAUUUAUCUAACCAAAGAUGGGCGCAUUUCUAUAGCUGGGGUGACAACGAAAAAUGUGGAAUAUAUUGCGUGUGCUAUGCAUCAAGUCACUAAAUGAUGUGUUGAAAUGAUUGUUCUUUCGAAAUUUU